AUGUCUGCAAGGGAUCUAUCAAAAAUGACGGUUGUUCAGCUCCGAGAGCAACUACGGUCCCGUGGUCUCCCAACAGAUGGUACAAAGGCUGGAUUAAUCGAACGUCUCAAAGGCAGUUAUGCUGCUGAAGAUACGAUACUAAAUUCGGAUACCAGUGUCCUUUCAAAGGACAGUUUAGAGGAAACAGUGCUGGAAGGUGCGAUAAAUGAAGACGACAUUUUGGGGCCAGAUACCUCAGUUAAGAAGAAGGAUGAUUUAGCUCCUACAGCAGUACCAUUAACGCCAGCAAUGACGCCGUCAGUGCAUGUUGAUGAGUCUAAAAGUAAUCAAAAAGCUGAAGUGAAAAAGAAGACGGAAGUAAUGGUUAAUUCAUGGGACGCCAAGCUGAAACGAGCUCAACGUUUUGGAUUGCCGCUAUCAGAUGAACAGAUGAAACAGAGACGCGCUGAACGGUCCGAAAUGCAGGUGAAUGCAGCUGCAAAUAUCGGUGAAAUCCUUGCAGAGAAGAAGAAGAAGAGGGCAGAGAGAUUUGGUAUUGCCAAUGAGUCUGAAAAAAUACAGGAAAUUUUAGAUAGACGAGCUAAAAGAUUUGGAAUUGAUAGUAAAAUGAAUGCGGUUAUUGCUGGUAAAGUUGAGAAAGCCUCCUUGGAGGUAUUAGAAAAACGUGGAAAACGCUUUGGUUUAUGCUCUGAAGAAGCUGAGUUGGAAAUAAAAAAGCAAAAACGCGCUGAACGAUUUGGAUUAAAUAAGAAUUGA